GAUAUGUAUAACAUAUUAUUGAGACACACCCAAUUAAUUGUAGUCAUCAGUGGUUCAGUGUUGUUGUGAUCUGCUACUUUGUUUAUUAAAUAAUAUUUGUUUUAUGUAUAUUUUAUGUUUAACUAUUAUUAUCUAGUAUUAAGCAGCUGCCAGUUCAUUCUUCAUGUGACUCUGAGAGGGUGAUGAACCAAUAUUUUAUCAUUGAAGAGGACGACAGCAACAAUUUUUUAUGCUGCUGUGAAUAUGUUAAUUUGAAAAAUCAAAGGAGUCACUUGCUUGGGUGUUUAUGUGAUUGCGAACAUGUUGACGAAUAUUUUGAUCGAACUAUGACGGGGAGAUCUAUGCCUGCUGACAUACACUUGAACAUGUACCGCGUGAUUCAAGACAGAUGUCGUAUCCCAUGGCGCGGUGGAGCAAAGACUGUCCCUUUAGACGUUGUCCUUCCCACAGUUUUGCUUCCACUGUUUGCUUUAGUUGCAUCAGUGAAUGUGUGGUGUACAUUCAUCACAUUCCUUCUCAUCCCUUUCAUUAUUUUUUACGCCAAGAAAUUUUACGGCGAAAUAAAUCCUAGAUCCAAAUUUUUCCUCUCCUGGUCGGUGACCUCAGCUAUAAGUUUGCUCCUUAUAUUUGAGUUCAUCGUAAUCCCCCGCCUAGAAAUCCUUCCAUCUGAGAACUUUGUAUUCAUUGUUCUUCUGAUGUUGGGUAUUUCACUUCUGUGCGCCGCCCGAUUCACCUCUACCCAAGCGAUGGGUGACGAAGAAGGAAGCAACCAAGCCUGCAAGGUUUGCAGGAUCAAGUGUCCACAGGACACAAUGCACUGCAGCAUUUGUGAUCACUGUGUGCUGAGAGCUGACUACCACUGUUAUUGGCUUGACUGUUGCAUUGGUAGUAAAAACGUGCGGAAAUUCUUGACUGGAAGUGUGUUGACUACAUGCGCGUUGUUCCUGUACUCGUACUUAGUGUUGACUACUGCCUGCCACCCCUUCCUCUUGAUGGACUCCAUUCUAGUCCCUGAUGACUGCAGUGAUGUAUUUUACGACUUUUAUAUUGCACUUUGCUUUGUUGGAGGUGCUUACAGCUUCAUAGUGGCUGUAAUUUUGUCCAUUGCGAUAGUGCGUCACCUCUUUUUGGCUCUCCUUGGGUACUCGCUUUAUGAAUGGUCGCAGAUACCGUCACAUGAGAAAAAGUGUUGUUUCCCUGGGUCAUCGAAAAGCAAAAGGUUGAAUUUACAUGUUUAACGUGUCUUAUUUGUCCUGUGUAUAUCAUAAGUUUUCAUGCUAGCAGAAAUUAGCACAAUCAUCAACCUGCUGUAUUAGUUUGCAUUUAAUCCUAUGGUUGCCUUGAAACAAAUUAAUUUCUAUUGGAAUUGUGAACAUAUGAGAAUUUUGUCUCAAAUUUUAAUCAUUUUUAACAUGCUUGCUGUCCAAAGAGAAAUAAACGCUUCAAAUUGCUUGGUAUACAUAACUAAAUAA